AUGAGAGCACUUGUGCUUCUUUCGGGGCUUUCCUUCUACCCCUCUCGUGCCUUUCCGUCUCCAGUCGAUGUUAGUCAUGUGUCUCCAAGACAAAUCGACACAGGCAGUUUUCUCAAUCCCUCGUCACUGUUCAAGCCACUUUUCCGAUACUGGCUUCCAGAUGCCAGUGUUGACGCCGAGGUACUGGCAAACGACAUCAAGCAAUCGACGGCUAUCGGUUCUGGCGGAAUAGAGCUUGUUGGGUUCUACGAAUAUGGUGGCGAGCUGGGCGUGAUGCCCGUGGGAGCAAAUUGGUCCACUUUUGGAUUUGGCACACCGGCAUAUCGUCACCUCUUCAAGACGGCAUUGCAAACCCAUUUACAGGAAGGGACUUUGAUGGAUUUCAUCCUAGGACCUAAUCAGGGUCAAGGCGUGCCAGCGGAUGCAACAAACCCUGGGCUGCAGUGGGACAUGAUCCCAUACACUGCUGAGGUGCCUCAGAACGGCUCAUUCGAAGGAAUUCUUCCUGGCUGGGCUGAUGGAACACUCGUUUCCCUGGUAACUGCGUCGGUGUCCUCUACUCGCAACGCCUCUGCUCAAGUUGUUGGCACUGCAGGGGCAUCAAACAUCACCUACCAAGAGUACACCCUCAAGGCCGAUAGCCUGAAGCGGCAUCUGCAAGGUUUCGACGAAAACACGGGUCAUUUCAAGAUUUCUCUGCCUCGGGCGCCAACUGGAACACACUACCGCAUUUUUGCCUUUUACGAGCGAUUAUCAGGCUACAGAAACUUGCACUUCGAGUCGUCUCGGCACGAGACCAUCUUUGACAAUGGAUCAUAUGCCGUCGACCACUUUGACCGCGCGGGAGCUCAAGUGGUGAUAGAUUUCUGGCAGCAGCAUAUGCUUGUGGAUGGCAUUCCAGAACUCCUACACAAGGCUGGUCGAUAUGCGUGGGAAGACAGCCUUGAACUUCCAUCCAAUGUGACCUGGUCUCGAACCCUGGCAUCCCGUUUUGAGAAGCUGUUCGGAUAUCAACUAGAGCUCUACAUGCCCCUUAUCACCUUCAAGCAGAACAAUCUGGCGGUUCAGGGGGAUUCUCCCGGGUCUUUCCACUGCAUCUUGGACACACCGGAUCAGGGCCAAGGAUAUGUCAACGAUUACCGAGCGGCACUGGUAGACGGGUAUAGGGAGUAUCUUGAGACUUUGGGCCAGUGGGUUCGACAAACCCUCAGACUACAACUCUCAGUCCAGCCUGCCUACGGAAUGCCCAUGGAUAUGCAAGCCGUUAUUCCUUACGUGGAUGUACCUGAAUGCGAGAGUUUGAGCUUUGUUGACUCGGUUGACUCUUAUCGUCAGUUUACAGGCCCCGCGCACCUAUCCGGGAAACGCAUUAUCUCGAAUGAGAUGGGCGCAGUCAGGGGCUCGGCAUUCAGCCUUCAUAUCCCAGACCUUCUUUUCUCGAUCAACCGCGCUCUUGUCGGAGGCGUCAAUCGUGUCGUGAUCCACGGUCAGACUUACUCGGGCAGUUACUUUGGCACGACGUGGCCCGGCUACACCCCCUUUAGAGCACAGUACAUUCAACAGCGAGGAGUUGCAAAGACGGAUGUCGCUAUUUACAACAAGCAGUCGGCAACAGCUUUUGUCACAGUCUAUGAUCAAGUAGACCUGCUCAAGAAGGGUUGGUCAUAUAGUUAUCUUAGCCCAGAGAACCUUCUCGGCCCCCAUGCCACAGUCCAGGAUGGAGUUCUCGCCCCCGACGGUCCAGCAUGGAAGGCUUUAGUUGUCCCUAGCAGCCAGAACAUUACCUGUGCCGCCUUAGAGACGCUCGCCCUUUUCGCCCGCAGAGGUCUCCCGAUUUUGCUCGCCGGCGGCCUCCCUGGCGAGUACGCUACCGGAUCCGAGGGCCAUCACGCCGACUUCACCAGUCAACUACAGAGCCUUGUCAGAACCGAGAACGUCCACCAGGUUAAGGCUGGGCAAGUUGCCAACAAACUAUCAUCGCUCAAUAUACGCCCCAAUGUCGGAGCAGAUGUCAAUGGCACUCUUUACACCACCUGGAGAGAAGACAAGACCUCGCGCUACGCCAUGCUGUAUGCAGAUUUGGAUCCCUUGCGUGGAUCCAUCACCGUCCAAAGUUUAGCAAAGCCCUACUUCCUCGACCCCUGGACUGGUGAAACAUUUCCAGUGGCAGUUUACCAACGCGACAAUGACUCUACCACCAUUCCAAUCAGUUUAUCUGGAAAUCAGACGCUGUUUUUGGCAUUUGGCGAUGCUUCUGAACAGCGUGGAUCAAUUCCUCCCGUCUAUAUCAACACGACGAGCGCCAGCCUAGUAGAGGCCAAAGUCGAUGAUGAUGACGAGGAUGUUUUUGUGGUUUCAUUCAAGCAGUCCAAGGAUGUUUCCAAGGUUAUUUUAUCAAAUGGAACAGAUUACGGUGUCAACACGGCAAACAUACCAGAGCCUUUCCAACUGGUUGAUUGGAACUUGACGGUUGAGCACUGGGAAGCGCCUGAUAACUUCUCCGACUUGGCUGGGACUUUCAAGUACAACACUUCUCAUCAACUCGACACUCCCACAUCAUGGACGGAAAUCCCUGCGCUAGUCAACACGUCCGGCAUCGGUUUCUAUAGCACCUCUUUUGAGUGGCCGCCCCUUACGGAACUCAAUUAUAGUCUCGGGGCUUAUCUGCAUAUCCCAAACGUCAAAGACGCAGUUAUUGUCUCUAUCAACGAAGUUUCCUUGCCCCCGCUGGACCCUGCUCAUGCCCAUAUCGACAUUACUGAACAUCUGGUAAACGGCCACAAUCUUGUUCAGGUUCUUGUCCCAACAACCAUGUGGAAUUAUGUUCGGUCUGUCAUCGGCAACUUGUCAACUGCAGGAAGUCAGCCUCUCCCCGUCACAUUGCAGAAACACAUGGGAGCACCGAUCAGUGAGCGUGUGGCGACGGGUUUACUUAGUCCUGUUACUAUCAUCCCGACUGUUUCCAUGAAACUUCACUUCUGA